AUGCAUACUUCAUCAACUCCACAAAAUAUACAUAAUAUAACGGGACAGGAUUCUCCCCUACGAAUAAUAACAGAAACCCAAACAAGCGAUUCCAUAGAUUUUUCCGCAUUUUUGGCUAAAGAUUUCAAUGUCAAAACAUGGAUAAACGAAGCACUAUCAAGUGUCACAUCUCUUCACUCUUUUCCUGACGAGACGAAUGAACAAAUUCAAUCCAACGAACAAAGAUUAUUAAAAUUAGAAAAUCACGCAUCAAAGAUCACAGAAAAGCUUCAACAUCUUAAUCAGGAUGUCUCACUUCGGUUAGAGAAUACCAUCGAAGGGGUGAUGAAAAACAUGCCAACCAUAAUAUCCGAAUUGCAGAUGACGCAACAGAGUUCCGAGAAUUUAAAACGGGGUAUUUCAUUGGUCAAAUCUUCGCUUGGAAAAAUUGAAGAUAAUACUGGAAAGGCCGUUGAACGACUCAAGUACCUGGACCUUGUAAAAACACGCAUGGAAUUGUCAAGGAAUGUACUGAGGGAGGCCGAGAAUUGGAGUAAUUUGGAAACCGAGGCGAGCACCAUAUUUGCAUCGCAGGAUUAUCAAAAGGCAGCCGUGAGACUGCAAGAGGCUGAGAAGAGCUUGGUCAUCUUUCAAAAUACUCCGGAGUAUGAUGAAAGAAGAAAGUUGCUCACCGAGUUACAGAAUCAAUUGGAAGCAACUGUUAGUCCUCAACUUGUAGCCGCCCUUAGUCAACAUGACAUUAGCGCUUGCCAAAAAUUCUACUUGAUAUUUAGUCAAAUUGGUAGGAAAAAAGAAUUUUGUAAUUAUUACUACGGAUCGAGGAAAGCACCUCUGGUAAAAAUGUGGCAGAAUGCAAAGUUCACAGAUGUUAGUCAAAUUAUCACGACUGCUACUCCCAGCACAGCUACAGGUAACAUUAAUGCAUUACAAGAUCGGCCGCCAUCUCCAAAGACACAAAAGAAAUUCGUUGAAUACUGGCAGGAGUUUCUUCAAGAAUUAUUUGUGGUGCUAAAUGAAGAGUAUACUUGGUGUGGGAAUGUAUUUCCGGAUACAAACGAAACUUUGAUAGCGCUAAUUGAGAAUAUUUUCAAUUCGUUAAAACCCCCAUUGAGUGCUCGAUUAGCUGGUCUGGUAGAACAUUAUAAUGAACAAUGCCUGAUCGAAAUUAUCAAUGCUUUUAUCGUCAGCGAAAAUUUUGGGAGACAAAUGGAAAAGGUAUUGUUCAAUCCUAUUCAAAUCGGUUCAGCCGGGAGUCGAAACUUAACAGCCAACGGCACCGUUGGUGGUGGCGCGGAAAGUUUCCUUUCAAAAGUAAAUCUCGCCACAUGGGGCCAAAUGGUGUUUGAACCUUUCUUAGAGUAUCAACAUGAUUAUUCGGAAUUCGAGAAGAAUUAUUUGGUGGACAUGCUAAAGCGAUCCAUAGAAGAAAAGAGGAAAUCCGGAACUGAUGAUUUGGCUAGGAUUAUGGCUGACAACGUCGGGAAGAUAUUUUCAUUGGCUGAGAGUGGAUUACAAAGGUGUAUGGCCCUUACCCAUGGAUUUUCUGGAGUCGGGCUCGUGGACGUGUUGAAUUAUUAUUUUUCGGAAGUCGUCAAGGAAUAUCAGACUCUGUUGGACCAAUUACGUGUAGACUGUGGGUUAAAAGAAGAUACUCGAUCAUCCAUGUCAUCUACUAGCACAUCACUGGCGCAGGAUUAUUUUGAUUAUGAUCAGGACCGAUUGCAGCAGGAAGAUUGGUCAAACUUUCAGAUUGGUCUGCGAUUGCUGGCGACAUGUAAACUAGCUUCGGAUAGAUUGAAUGCGCUUGAGAUGUUGACAAAAACGACAUUAUCUACCGUAAAAACUUUAAUUGAUCAUGAUCUACCCGAUGAUCAUUUAGAAUGGUAUGAGCGAAGGUCACCAACGGUUCCAGAUUAUAAUAAAAGUUUCUCAAUCGGCACACAAUCCUCAUUACACCUUCUAAGACAAUCAACGUUGAAUAGCUAUCAGUUGUAUGAUCUCUUGACCAAUCUGGAAUCGCGACAAUUGCUGGAACCGUCAAUAAAGUCGAUCGAGACUUUUAUAAAAUCAUGCCAACGAUUUGUAUAUGACACAAUAUUUUUACCAAUAGUCAAACAUUUGGUUAAUCUGCCUACGAUGGAAAUUUGGAAAGCGGCAACCGAGCCUGUGCAAGUGUCGCCAUUUAACUUAGAGAUGCCAACAUUUAGCUUGUCACCAUCAGAAUAUAUCACGAGAGUUGGUGAACAUCUGUUGACUUUGCCGCAACAAUUCGAAGUUUAUGCUGAUGAUAAAUCAUUGGCGUUUUCCAUUAGAUCGUUACCUUAUAGUGACGAGGUACCUAUGCAACCGAUUGAUAAUAAAGAAGAGGGUGAGAAACGAGACAUCACAAUUGAGGAGUUUGUUACCACCAACGAUUCAAAAGCAUCCGUUGAUGUAGAAAGCUUGCAACCAUCUAUUACUAUCGCAAGUGAAAAUGGUGCAACUUUAGCGAUUGACGAAGAUAAAAUUAACACUAACCUAUCUGUAAUUUCCAAUUCUUCAUCGCAAUUGAUUGAUCAAGAGGAAAUGUCAACUGAAGAAGUGACUCAUGCGUGGAUAACUUCAGUAGCACGAGGAACGAUGCAUGCCCUACUGGAAAGAAUAUUGGCAAUUCCACAAUUAUCGUCGCAUGGUACACAACAGUUAUUAACAGAUUUAGGUUAUUUGACAAACGUAUUAAGUGCGUUAGAUAUUUUGCCAACAAGAGAACUAUUCAUGGCUGUCAAAGUGCUAGAAAUGGAUGAAGACAAGGUAUUCAAAUUAUUACGUGGGAAAGUUGGUGUUGACAACAACCCGAGUGUCGUGGUAGACGAAGUUGAGAAAAAUGAAGAUGAAUUUACAGACGCGGGGGACAGAGAAGUAUUAGUGAAAGUCGCUGGCGUUAGGGGAAUUAAAUUGUUAAAUCUAGGGUUUUUACCAUUAUGA